AUGAGCACGGCGCGCGUCGAGGGAGGUCCUCCGAAGAAGCGGAAGUCUUCUUGCGCCGCGGCGGGGUGCGUCACUGGCCGUGGACCGAAGAACACAGUCGGCGUCUUUAACCAGGUUGCUGGCAAGAGAUGUGCUGUCAAUCAAGGAGCCGAUGGUUUGAAACAGAAAUAUAUGGCAGGUGAAUAUGAAAAAUCCAUCUGCCAAGAGAGACAAGAUGAGUGGAUGAUUAGCAGUAAGCUUGACAGUGACUAUGAAAUCGUAAAGUCAAAUGAAGUUAAUAGACAAAACCAGGACUUCCAGAAGAUUUUGGAAGUGAGGGAGCAGAGGAGGUUGAAGGAGAUCUCUGAGCAGAAACACCAGCCAGAUCCUGAGAUAGUGUCUGACUGUUUUGAUGAAGAAGACUUUCUGAAAGCAGUAGCAGACAACAAAUUACCAAUGGUUGAGAGUUAUCUCGCUAGGAGUGCGAACCCAAAUGCAUGUGAUAGUUUCAAUCGCACAGCUCUCCACAGAGCAUGCUCUCAGGGGAAUAUGGAGAUUGUGAGGAGACUUUUGGAAGCUGGGGCUUUAAUUGAAAACAAGGAUAAGCUUGAAGCGACUGCUGUUCACUGGGCUUGCCGUGGAGGAAGCCUGCCUGUUCUCGAGCUGCUGCUUAACCACAAAGGCAACAUCCAUGCUAAAGACAAGCUCCAGAGUACUCCCCUUCAUGUGGCAGUGAGGACAGGUCACUAUGAAUGUGCUGAACAUCUCAUUCACUGCGGCGCCGAUGUCAACGCUAGAGACAGAGAGGGAGAUACACCAAUGCAUGAUGCUGUACGGUUGAACAGAUUCAAGUUUAUUCAGCUGCUCCUGUUGCAUGGAGCCAGUCUGAAACUGAAGAACUAUGAGGGUAAAUCACCUAUGGACAGCGUUUUGGAGUGGCAGAAUGGCGCUAAAACGAUGCUAGAAAACUAUAAGCACAAUAAAAACUCACAAGACAAAGAAACUGGCAAACCAGGUGCAAGUUAA